AUGCUCGAGCCAGUGCUUGGUGCCGCGAAAGCGUUCCCUGGUCGAAUGACUUUGGAGGUCCAGAUAGGCCUGAUCCUGAUCCCUCCCACGCAACCAUCUGGUCUGAUGGACCUGGCCGAACUUCGCAAAUACUUCAAUCCCAACACUGGUCUUCCGCCUCCCAAACCAUUUUUGUACAACCGGCUGGCCAUCAGCAAAGAUGAUAUUGAGAACCUGAUUGGUCUUCGAGUUGCCGGCCGCCGUAUUUUUGACGGUGAACCCUACGAGGAAAGUAUUGACUGUGAAUUUCAUUGUGUCUUGCCAAAGGGCAAUACCGUGGAAUCAUUCCUCGUCACCAUAUUCGAUGAUGAGCCUGCAAGAACCACCGGACCCAAUUUUCCGCUCGGAAACAUUCAUUUGAAUUUCCCGGAUAACAACUGGGAUGCCGCGAUUGUUCUUACCGGCCAAUCACCGUAUGUCAAGCUAGAUGCACAAGUCAAACAUGACAUCCUGGAAAUGACCAAAAACUUUCGCAAGAUCUUCUCCAGGUCCGACAUCCAGAUCGAGACAACUGUGCCCUCGCCGCCGUUUGAGAUUAAGAAAAUUCUGAUGAAGGGAGUCUCAAAGUACCGCUAUCUCCGGGACGGUGAAAGGGACAGGACGGAAGAUCUCUACAUGCGAAUCACGGAGGUUCAAGACCUGGUGAUCUCUUACUCGGGCUUAAAGAAAACAGAUAUCAAAGCCUACUGCCCCGACGAAUCUGACCAAGUCGAUCGACCGCACCGUUGGUCCGAAGUCUCACUCAUCAGCUCGGGAACAGAAGAUGCCUUGGAAUCAAACUGGAAACUGGAAGUUGGUUCGCAGACCUCUAAAUGGAACACGGCUACACUGUUUGGACAAGGCAUGGCGCCGGCGUCUUCUUCAGCCGCGAGCUCCCCGGAUACCCUUAUUGAUGCCCCAGGCCUGUGGUCUCUCUUCGGUCUGACCGAGACGGUUGUCAAGAAUAUCGAUGAGAUUGGAUCCCGAAGUAAGGAGAUACCUGCUGCGUCGACGAAGGAAAAAAUAUCGAACUCGUUGGUUUUGUCCGGAACCUCUUAUUCCAAAGAUCGAGUUGCCCCCUCUGGCCAAGUUAGCCAAGUUAGCCAAGAUCGAAACAAAAGCCUUGCGAGCGUGGCUGGCGGUUCUCGAUUGAGGGAGCAUGAAGAGAACCCUCGAGAAUCCCGGUACUGGUGA